AUGCAGUUCUCAAUCACUAUUCUUUCCGGUUUCGCUCUCGCGAUUUUUGCUUCUUCUGCUCCUACUCUCACUAUUUCUCAGCGACAAGACGAAGAGAUGCAGUAUGUGGCUGAUUUAGCAAACCAAUUAAACGAAGAUAUCGUUCACACAAUGCAAGUUCUUGCACAGCAAGGUCGAGUGCAAAUUCAACCCUUGCCUAAGGCAAAUUGCAUUUUCAAGUACGUCGAUGGUCAGAAGCGAGGAAAGUUCGAGGACAAAGUCUGGACAGCGGACAGUGCAAAGGAGCAUGUUAGUGAGAGGAAAUUUGUAGAUGAGAACGCACUGGAGGAGUUUAUUGUGCCGGCGACUUCUGAUGUGGGGAUGAGCCAAGCUUCAAGUGCUACGGCUGAGCUCGUGACAUAG